AUGUAUGGAUCGGUUUCUAAAGGAAGGAAGAUUGUAAACCGCCGUAAAUUGGUCAGACGUCUUAUUUUUAUCGCAGUGUCGACAAUACUCUUAGCACUUUAUUCACACACAAUAGUUUCUAUUUUCUCAGAAGGUGAACGGCUACACCGGAUAAAAGACGAAUCCACGCGAUUAUUCUCGAGCAAAAUAUUCUUGAACAAAUCUUGCACAUCUUUUAGAAACCUCAAGGAUAUCCUGAACAUAUUCUUCUCUCAGGAGGUGAUGUCUUCUGUCUAA